ACAUUUAUAUAACAAAAUAAAGUAAACAUGGAAUGUUUACAUGGAAGAAUAAGAGCUGAAACAUAUUCAGAAUAUGACUGUGAUGUGAAGAAACCCUCUUUUAACUUUAAAGUGAUUAAAGGGGAAACGUUUCCUUUAUUCACUUUGUGUUUGCCAAAAAUCCAAUCCAGUAGUGAAUUCAGGCAAGUAGGUGAACUCCUUUCGUUUAUAUUUUUAUGCUUAUUUUGUACUUAUUUGCCCUCAUUCUGUUCCUCCUCUUCCCUCAAUAAAUGUGGGUUAAUUUUAGCGAGGAAAGAAUGAGGAUUAAAUCAGAAUGUGAUUGACUUAUACAAGCUGCUGUGUUCAGUACAGAGACAGUUGUUAAGCACUUCCUUCCCUCUGUGAUGAUCUGAGAGUUUUACUGGCUUGAGAUCAGAUAUGACACACAUGAAACCGUCUGUGGAUCCAGUGUCUUCUGCAAACAGCAAUAGCAACACAAUAGCAGCUUUGUCUGAAACACUGCUGGAGAGCCGGCAGAGCUGCUUUCUGUUGUCUGUUGUGUUGAACACGCCUGCUGGAUGCUCUGAAACACACGGACAUACCGACAGCAGAACUUGUUUUGAGGAGGUUUCCGUGGUGCGGAGAUGUUCCUGCUGGCUCAAACAAACCCCGGAUGCGAACCAAAGCUUGUCCUAAUUGUCUCUGGCAGUAUAGAUUGAGCUUCCAUCUGUAAGCCUCUUACAGUAAUACACCUGCUGCUGAGACGACACCACGGCUGAGCAGCGCAGGACGAACACUCCUCCACAUACAGCUCCCAAAUAUGACUUUCCGGCCGACAUGUUGCUCUGAGAACAUGGUUUUGUGAUUUUCAGGAAAGGAUCCUGAGGUGUGUCCGAGAUGCUGUGUGGAGAUGUGGUGGCCAUGUGGGAGGUGGCUCUGAGCGACGGCGUUUACAGGAUUGAGUUUGCUCAUGGCACCACCACCGGGAAACGCAUUGUUUACAUCAACGGACAGGAAGUCAUCAGAAAAGACUGGCUGUUCAAGCUGGUUGGAAAGGAAACCUUCACCGUGGGAAGCGCCCACACCAAAGCCACCAUAAUCAUCGAGGCCAUCAGCGGAUUUGCCUACGAGUACACGCUGGAGAUUGACGGGAAGAGCCUGCAGAAGUUCAUCAGUGACCGGGCCCAGACCACCAAAACCUGGCUGCUCAAAGUGGACGGACAGGACUGCAGGGUCGUACUCGAAAAGGACACGAUGGAUGUUUGGUGCAACGGGCAGAAAAUGGACACGAUGGGAGAGUUCGUAGACGACGGCACAGAGACGCACUUCAUGGUGGGGGAACACGAGUGCUGCAUCAAGGCUACGAGCGGUGGGAAGAAAAAGAGCGGCAUUGUGCACUGUUUACUGCUGGACGGGGACAAAAUACCAGCUUCAACACAAUAGUGCCGGAGCAGACUGUUGGAACAGAGUAUAACUUUCAAAGAGACUCUAUGAAUGAAGUAUUUGGAUGCCAUGUAUAAAUACCAAGCAGAUACUACACUGGCUGUGCUUUGUGAUGGAGGAUCAGGACUUUUUGUGUUUGAGUUGGUUUUGACUGCACAUUUAGAAAAUACACGCGCAAAUAUGUUCAUUUAAAUAUAGCAAAUAAACACUGAACUGUA